GCGAAGAAGAAGAAGCUCAAGGGAAGGGCCUCUCGCGAUGGUGCGGAGGAGCCGGCGGAGAGCGAUCUUCCCCCAAAGGCGAAGAAGAAGCUCAAGGGGAGGGACUCUCGCGAUGGUGCGGAGGGGCCAGCGGUCAAGAGGAGGGCUCCUCGCGACGGUGCAAAGGAGCCAGCGGAGGUCGACCGUCCCGCGAAGGCGAAGACGAAGAAGCUCAAGCGGAAGGCUCCUCGCGAGGAUGCGGACGAGCCGGCGGAGGUCGAUUCUCAUCCGAGGUCGGCGAAGAAGAAGGUCAAGAGAAAGGCUCCCGCGGCAGCUGAGCAGGCCCCGCGGCGGCAGGCGCGCGAGGGCGCGGCGGCGGCCGCCGAGGCGGGCGGGGCGGACUCCAGCGACGAGGGGUCUUUCUUCACCCACGACGAGCGGAAGAAGGCGUCCCUCUCCAAGGAGGAGGGCAGCGGCGAAGAGGCCUGGAGCAAGAAGAAGGUCCCCGAGGACUUCAAGAUCUUCGUGGGGGACCUACCCUGGUCCGCGAGCGAGGACGAGGUCCGGGCGCAGUUUUCAACGUACGGGCCUUUCGCUCGCUUCGACAUGCCCAAGCGGAAUGGCCGUUCUGACGGCUCAGCAUUUAUCCAUGGUGGAUUUAUUAUAA